UGGUGACACUAGGCAGAGCAACUCCAGUCUUACCACUUCUGUCUGCUCGCCGCAGUCAGUCUUGGACUUUGGGGUUUCGCCACUGUCAGAGGACGUCUCGGACUUUCUCCUGCAAGCACUUGGCAGAUCACUCUUUCAGCAGGGUCUGUGCAUCGUCAGAAUGAAACUGUUUUCGGUCGCCCUGGUGUUCCUGGGCUCUCUGGCCUUCUUGGGCGCGGACGCUGCGUGGCUCGACGGGGCGUCUGAGACCAUAAAGAAAUGGAAUAAAUGGGCUGUCAGUCGUGGGAAGAGAGAACUGCCGGCGUCCAGCAGAAACCCAACUGGGCUCGCAAACGCGAAGGCCGGAUUGGCACAGAAGGCCCCAGCGCCACAGAAUUUGGAGAGUGCCCCUGCGCGUCCUCAAGCCAGUGGUACGGGGGCCGUCCUCAACCGAGUGAAGCGCUACCGGCAAGGCUUCAGAAGCUUUGGCUGCCGCUUCGGAACAUGCACGGUGCAGAAGCUGGCGCACCAGAUUUACCAAUUUACAGACAAGGACAAGGACGGCGUCGCCCCUCGAAGCAAGAUCAGUCCCCAGGGCUACGGUCGCCGGAGGCGUCGUUCCCUGCCGGAAGCCGAGCAGGACCGGACUCUGGUGUCGGCCGAGUCACAGGCUGGCGCGGCCCCUGGCUCCAAGGUGCACCGAGUGCUCGCCACCCUCCGGAGGAUUUAGGCUCCUGGGCUUCAGCAGGGGACCAGGCUGAGACUGUCAGUCCUGCAGAGACUUGGAGUAGAGGACGCGCAGUCUGGCCAGAGCCCUGGCUUUGCAGGACAACCCUUCCUCCCUUUCAGGGUAAUGGUUUCCUCACUCUGUUCAGGGCCUGAGUCCCUCCUCCCUGGGGAUGGGGUGGGCACGGGACUCACGGGUGGGGGCUGAGCCACUGCCUUGCCCAUCCAUGAACCAAUUUCUCGUGGGGUGUCACCCUACCGGGGCGCAAGCCUCAAUAUUAUUACUUGAACUUUCCAAAACCUAGAGAGGAAAAGUGCAAUGUGUGUUGUACGUACAUACAGAGAUAACUAUCAAUAUUUAAGUUUCUUGCUGUCAAGAUUAUUUUGUAACUUCAAAUAUAUAGAGAUAUUUUUGUACGUUAUAUAUUGCAUUAAAAGGGCAUUUUAGAGCAAUUCUAUCCCCCUCCUAUUUUAAGAAGUGAACGUUUUAGUGAGGUGUAAUGUUUGGGUUCGUGGAGUGCGUGCGUGCGUGCGUGUGUGUCUGUGCAUAAAAUAACAGUGCACCUGAAUACUGCCUGUGGAAGGGAACAUUGUGUCUGUAUAAUCUAUUUACAUAAAAUGGGUGAUAUGCGAACAGCA